CCCCCCGCUCCUGAGGGCAGCCCGGGAGCCGCUCGGCGGGGUGAGGUCGUCCGGGGACCCCCGGACGCGGACCCCCCUCCGCAGGUUAAAGAAAUAUGGACAACAACAACCACAUGGUUUUCAGCAUUGUGUGUACCAGUUUUUUCACCUUUCAGUUGCUUUUCCAUUUUGUAAGUCAUAGGUUUUCAGCAAAGGUUUCUUCAGGUUAUAAUAAUCUAAGCAACGAAAAGAAGAUUGAAUGGAACUCAAGGGUAGUAUCUACAUGCCAUUCUUUGGUGGUUGGGACUUUUGGCCUCUACCUUUUCCUCUUUGAUGAAGCUACUAUAGCGGAUCCACUUUGGGGUGAUCCAAAACAUGUGAUUGUGAAUAUUGCUACUGCCUCAGGCUACCUCAUUUCUGAUUUGUUGAUUAUCCUUUUCAAUUGGAAAGUGAUUGGUGACAAAUUUUUUGUGAUUCAUCAUUGUACAGCACUAUAUGCAUACUACAUAGUACUGACCCAAGGAAUGCUGGCGUUCAUUGCCAAUUUUCGCCUACUUGCAGAACUUUCCAGCCCUUUUGUGAAUCAGCGGUGGUUCUUUGAAGUCCUGAAGUACCCUAAGUUUUCCAAAGCGAAUGUCCUCAAUGGGAUACUCAUGACCAUAGUGUUCUUCAUCGUGCGGAUCAUCGUGAUACCUCCAUUUUAUAUCUUCAUAUAUUCUGUGUGUGGAACAGAACCCUACAAAAGACUUGGCUUCUUUGUCCAGUGUUCCUGGAUCUGUAGUUGUUUUGUUUUGGAUGUGAUGAAUGUCAUGUGGAUGAUCAAAAUUUCAAAAGGGUGCAUCAAAGUCAUCUCUCUCAUCAGACAAGAGAAAGCCAGAAGUAGUCUUCAGAAUGGAAAACUUGACUGAAGGUGUGCUUUUGUCAAACACCUUGUUUAGAUAAGCAAUCCUCAUUACUACUCAUCUAUAUCUACUAAUAGGAUGAAUUCUUGGCAUGUUCUUGUGCUUCUCUAUUAAUUAGAAUUAUUAUUCGGGGUUUUGUUGUCUUUUUUUUUAA